AUGUCUAUCUCUACGCAAUUUCGCAAGUUUGGAAGUCAUUAUUUCCCAACCCGUGUGUAUGAUUUCACAAAAUUGGAGGAGCGUAUGGCGGAAAAAUUCAAGUUUCGGGGUGAUGACGUAGUCGUUGUAGGUUUUCCGAAAUCCGGUAUACACUGGCUGUUGAUAUCGCUCCGUGAAAUGUAUAAAUCGGACUGGGGUAUUUAUAAGGUCGGUGACAAAGUUAUGGAACCAUUGCUUGAAUGGUUAAUGUGGCGAGACGACGUCGCAUUGCCUGGAUUCCACACAGAAUGCCGAGCGCAAUUCCAUAGUCGUGGGCCAGAUGCGAUUCCGUCACCAAGACUGUUCAGAAGUCACUUACCGCGCGAAGUAUUUCCCUUGAAGCAAGUGAAGAAAAAAGGGGCAAAGGUCAUCCACAUUGCUCGCAAUCCGAAAGAUGUAUGUGUAUCAAGUUUUUACUAUUAUAAGACCUUUUUUGAUGGCGAAUGGGAAGCUCCGUGGGACAGACUGGUCGAGAACGACUUUGCAGAAGGAACCAUGCUUUAUGGACCCUAUGUGACAUAUGAAACUAUGUGGCACGAAGCAGGACUGGAAGACAACGUGUUACAUAUAUACUAUGAGGAUAUGAAAACCAAUUACAGGGAAACCUUGGAAAAGAUGGCUCAAUUCAUCGGUCGACCGGUCACGGUUGGUGACAUUGAACGGACGCACAGCACUUACAGUUCUAUUAGCAAUAUGAAACCAAGUCAAAUUUCUUAUAUGCCCUUUGAUAAUCAGACGGGCUCAUUCUUCAGGAAAGGUGUAAUAGGCAACUGGAAGGAAAAAUUCACUGUGGCUCAAAAUGAACAAUUCGAUAAAGAUAUUGUAUCUGAACUGCAUAACAAUGGAAUUACAUUUCGAUACGAAUAA